GCUGAGCAUCGUCUUGCUUCUCCCGGCAGGGCCAAGCCCAGGAGUGUCUCUUGGAGAAGUCGAUGCUGGACAACAGGAAGAGCUUCCUCGUGGCCAGGAUCAGCGCCCAGGUAGUGGACUACUACAAAGAGGCCUGCCGGGCCCUGGAGAACUCGGACACAGCCGCGCUGCUGGGCAAGCUUCAGAAGGACUGGAAGAAGCUGGUGCAGAUGAAGAUUUACUAUUUUGCUGCUAUUGCUCAUUUGCACAUGGGGAAGCAGGCUGAGGAGCAGCAGAAGUUUGGCGAACGAGUUGUCUACUUCCAGAGCGCGCUGGAUAAACUCAAUGAAGCUAUCAAGCUGGCCAAGGGCCAGCCAGAAACGGUGCAGGAAGCCCUGCGCUUCACCCUGGACGUGAUCGGGGGCAAGUGAGUGCAGCCAGCGUGGCUUC